UGUCUUUCUCCUAGAGUCGCCCAUACGCUCUCCUCCUCUCUUUCUCUAUCGCUCUCGUUCUGCUUUGGUUACCCCAAUCAGAUCGCUCGCUUCCUCCUCCUCCUCCUCUUCCACUUAUGGCCGAGCCGCAGCCCCCAACCCUAGUUGAGAUUGAGACAGCACCAGCGGAUUUCCGUUUCCCAACUACAAAUCAGACGAGGCAUUGCUUUACACGAUAUGUGGAGUUCCAUCGGUGCGUAGCUGCAAAGGAGGAAGAAGCUCCAGAGUGCGGUAAAUUCAGAAAGUACUAUCGUUCUCUUUGCCCUGGUGAAUGGGUGGAGAAAUGGAAUGAGCAAAGGGAGAAUGGAACCUUCCCAGGUCCUCUGUAGAUGUUGCCUGCUUAAUAACAAAGAUAUGGUUUGCAGUCUUCUGUUAUAUCAAAGUUUUUCUUCCAUUAGAUGAUUUUCUACAAUGAGAGUGCAACUCUCGGGGAAUGUCCUGUUUAAAACAAUGAAAUUAAUAAGAAGAUUGGCUCGUCUCAUAACAAAGAAUUUGCAGUUCA